AUGGCUUCCAAAAUUUAUCUCUAUUUGUUAUUCUUCUACAUUACAAGCCUUCACUUUGUUAUUUUUACAUUUGCUCAAUCUGAUAAUUAUAUCAUUCACAUGGAUUCAUCAGUUAUGCCUAAAGUAUUCUCAAAUCAACAUACUUGGUACCAUUCUACUCUUUCUCAAGUUACAACUACCAACAAUAAUCUCAAUUCUGCUUCUUCUAAAAUCCUUUAUACAUACACUAAUGUUAUGAAUGGUUUUAGUGCUAAUCUAUCACCUCAAGAUCAUGAAUCUCUUAAAAACUCUCAUGGUUACGUUUCUUCUAUACGCGAUUUACCCUUGAAACUUGACACAACCCACACACCUCAAUUCCUUGGCCUUAAUCCCUACAAAGGAGUAUGGCCAGCUUCUGAGUAUGGCAAAGAUGUAAUUGUUGGUGUAAUUGACACUGGUGUUUGGCCAGAAAGUGAAAGUUUCAAAGAUGAUGGAAUGACUGAAAUACCCUCUAAAUGGAAAGGAAAAUUAUGUCAAUUUGAUAAUUCCAACCAUUCAUCUUUUUGCAACAAGAAACUCAUCGGAGCUAGAUUCUUCAACAAAGGGUUCUUGGCGAAAUAUUCUAACCUUAGUAAAACCAUUGGGAAUGACUCACGUGACACAGCAGGUCAUGGAACGCAUACUUCAACGACAGCAGCUGGAAGCAAAGUUGAUGGUGCAUCUUUCUUCGGUUAUGCGAAUGGAACUGCGAGAGGAAUAGCCUCAUUGUCUAGAGUAGCCAUAUACAAGACUGUGUGGGGAGCAGAGGGAAAUGCAAUGUCAUCUGAUAUAAUAGCUUCAAUUGAUGCUGCAUUAUCAGACGGUGUCGAUGUUCUCUCCAUGUCAAUAGGCUAUAACAAUGUAUCCUUGUACGAAGAUGCUGUUGCAAUAGCCACGUUUGCAGCUAUGGAAAAAGGUGUUUUUGUGUCUACUUCAGCAGGUAAUAGUGGACCUUCCUCUCAAACUCUUCACAAUGGAGUACCUUGGGUGAUAAACGUUGCUGCCAGUACUUCGGAUCGCAAAUUCAUUGGAAAUCUUACACUUGGUAAUGGAGUUUCACUCACUGGCUUAUCUUCUUAUGUAGGAAAUUUCUCUGCUACUAAUAUCCCAGUUGUUUUCAUGGAUACUUGUGAAAAUCCUGAAGAACUAAUCAAAAUUAAGCACAAGAUUGUAGUUUGUGAAGACAAGAAAGGAUUUCUUUCUAGUCAAUUUUAUAAUGCGUAUUCCACAAACGUUGUUGGAGGUGUUUUCAUUUCAAACGCAUCACAACAAGAUCUAUCACAAUUCUUAUGGUAUCCGCUUCCAUCCAUCGUUAUUAAUCAGAAAGACGGAAAAAUUGUCAAAGAUUACAUACUGAGGUACUCUAACUCUAGUAAAAUACAAAACAUGUCUUUCAAGAAAACAGCUUUUGAUGUUAAACCAUCACCUAGGGUUGAUUCUUAUAGUUCAAGAGGGCCAUCAAAUAGUUGUCCAUAUGUGUUGAAACCUGACAUUACAGCCCCCGGUACAUCAAUCUUAGCUGCAUGGCCAACAAAUAUUCCUGUGUUGAAUUUUGGAACCAAAGUCUACAACAACUUCAAGUUUUUAUCGGGAACAUCUAUGGCAUGCCCUCACGUUGCUGGCGUGGCCGCACUUUUAAAAGGAGCGCAUCCUGAUUGGAGCCCGGCAGCUAUUAGGUCAGCAAUGAUGACAACAUCAGACAUACUUGAUAAUACUAAGAAACCCAUCAAAGAAAUUGCCAAUGAUAACAAAGAUGCAACCCCUUUAGCAUUGGGAGCUGGUCACAUCAACCCCAAUAGAGCACUUGAUCCCGGUCUUGUUUAUGAUGCUGGUAUACAAGAUUACGUUAAUCUUCUUUGUGCACUUAAUUUCACACAACAAAACAUCGCUACCAUUACAAGAUCGCCUUUCAACGAUUGCUCUAAACCUUCCUUAGAUCUUAACUACCCUUCUUUUAUUGCUUUCAUAAAGGCUGGAAAUUCUUCUGUAAGGACAACACAUAACUUUCGCAGAACAGUUACCAGCGUUGACGAAGGACAAUCAACUUAUUUUGCUAGCAUUACUCCGAUUAAAGGGUUUAAUAUCAGUGUUGUACCAAAUAAGUUGGUCUUCAAUAAGAAGAACCGGAAGAUAAGUUUCAAGUUGAAGAUUGAAGGAGAAAAAGUGACACAGAACAAUGAAGUAUCUUUUGGAUAUCUCACUUGGAAUGAUGGGAAACAUGUGGUAAGGAGCCCUAUUGUGGUAACUACCCCCAAUUUCAAUUUGUAG